GUCUUGUUGAAAACACACUUGUUGAUUUUCGUUCCGUCUUGUGCAAAUUGAAAUUGAAUUUGAAUAAAAUUUUGUGAAAAUAUCUCAUAAAUUGUGAAAAAAUUAUAAAAAACAACUAAAGUGCAAUAUAAUUGAAUAGAAAUUCGUGGAAAUAUAAAAGAAAAUAUUAAUGUAGUGUACUUAGAGAAAAAUUGGAAGAAAAAAAACAGCGGUAAUAAUAAAAAUGAAAUUGUUAUACCUGGCUUAAUAAUAAAAAUAGUUUUGUGGAAGAAUACAACUGAAAAAAAUUAAAAUAAAAAUACAUAAAUACACACAACAAAAAAAUAGCUAAUAAAAUUAAAUGAUAAAAGAAAUUCAAGGUGAAAAAAUACAAAUCAAAUAAAGCUAAAAUACCAACCUAUAAUCAAAUUGAAAUUUAUAUUUUGUGCAAUAAUAAAUAUUGAAAAAUAAAUCACAUACCUACCUCGUCUACCACUACUUAAUCAAUUUAUUAUCAAUUCAUUAUUAUAAUUAUUUACAAAAUCCAAUACCUAAUUACACAGCCAUUAAAAGCAAUUUUGUGUUAAACAAAAAAAAAUCUACUUUUUUCAAGUGACUCUCAAUAAAAAAUUUUGGAAAUUUAAUUCUUAUUAACGUUUAUCAAAAGACCUCAAGCAACAACAACUACAACAACAAGAACAAAAACAGCAAAAACACCAACAAUAUAAUAAUAAUAAUAAUAAUAACAUAUUAUACUUGAUUUAACCAUUAUUUUGUUCAACACAAAAGGAAAAAAAACAAAAACUAAAAAAUAAAUAAAGACGAGAGAGAAGAGACAAGAUUAUAUAAUACAAAUUACUUCAACAACAACCCAAAAACCAUUUAUAGUAUACCGAACGACCGACCGAAGGCAGGCCAGACCUACCACACCACCAGCUUACAAGUACAAGCAACAGUUUGUUAAAAUACUUGGAACAGAUUUCGAAACAAAGCAACACCAACUACUAGCACAACAAAUAAAAUUUAACCCAAAGGGGCCUUCUUCUACCACAAGUGCUCCUUCUUCUUCUUCUUAUCCUCCUCCUUAUUAUUUUCAUGCUUCAACAUACAUUUAUAAAUGUUUAACUAACAACACAACAACUUAACUUUGGCUGGUAAAAGUUUUAUGUAUGGACACUUAAAGACAUAAAAUGGGUGACAAUAUAAUUGGUUCAGCAAGCUUUUUGCAUUUGGGUGAUAUUGUAUCACUCUAUGCCGAAGGUAGUGUAUGUGGUUUCCUAAGUACUUUGGGUUUGGUUGAUGAUCGUACUGUGGUGUGUCCCGAGGCCGGUGACUUAAAUUAUCCGCCCAAAAAGUUUAGAGAUUGUUUAAUUAAAGUAUGUCCCAUGAAUCGUUAUUCGGCCCAGAAACAAUUCUGGAAAGCCGCCAAACAAUCCGCCAGCUCGAAUACAGAUACAAAUCUAUUGAAAAGAUUACAUCACGCUGCCGAAAUCGAAAAGAAACAAAAUGAAACGGAAAACAAGAAAAUCCUGGGCCAACAGAUUCAAUAUGGCAGUGUGGUCCAAUUACUUCAUCUCAAAUCCAAUAAAUUUCUAACCGUUAACAAACGUCUUCCCUCGCUCUUGGAGAAAAAUGCCAUGCGUGUGUAUCUGGAUGCCAAUGGCAAUGAGGGUUCCUGGUUCUAUAUCAUGCCCUUCUAUAAACUGCGCUCUAUAGGCGACAAUGUGGUGGUGGGCGAUAAAGUCAUACUCAAUCCCGUCAAUGCCGAUCAACAAAAUCUUCAUGUGGCAGCCAACUAUGAAUUGCCCGAUAAUCCGGGUUGUAAAGAAGUUAACGUUUUAAAUUCUUCCACAUCCUGGAAAAUAACUUUAUUUAUGGAGCAUAAAGAGAAUCAAGAGCAUAUUCUAAAGGGAGGCGAUGUUGUGCGUUUAUUUCAUGCCGAACAAGAGAAAUUUCUCACCAUGGAUGAGUAUAAAAAGCAGCAGCAUGUUUUCUUGAGAACUACGGGUAGAACAAGUGCUACGGCGGCCACCUCUAGUAAAGCUUUAUGGGAAAUUGAGGUGGUACAACAUGACUCUUGUCGCGGAGGUGCUGGACAUUGGAAUUCUUUAUAUCGUUUUAAACAUUUGGCCACCGGUUAUUAUUUGGCAGCAGAGCUGGACUCUGAAAAUGCCAAUACAUCUGGACAACAACAGCAAAUGUUACAACAACAGCAGCAGCAACUAACCCAGCAACCUUUGCAACAGCAAUUAUUAAAUCUAAGUGGUGAAAAUGUUAAAGAUUCAGGUAUAACUUGCAAUUCAACCAUGAUAGAGAAAUCCAAAAUUGAGCAAUACCGCUUGGUGUCAGUACCCUUUUCUACCGAUAUUGCCACCGUCUUUGAACUAGAUCCCACCACUAUGGCCCGAGCCGAUAGCUUGGUGCCCCAGUCCAGUUAUGUGCGCUUAAGGCAUCUUUGCUCCAACACUUGGGUUCAUGCCACUUCCAUACCCAUUGAUAUCGAUGAUGACAAGCCGGUCAUGUCUAAAGUCUGCUGCUCCCCCAUCAAAGAGGACAAAGAAGCUUUCGCUUUAAUACCCGUCUCACCCGUUGAAGUGCGUGAUUUGGACUUUGCCAAUGAUGCCUGCAAAGUAUUGGCCACUGUAACUGCUAAACUGGAUAAUGGCACCAUAUCGAUUAAUGAAAGACGUGCCCUGAUUUCUUUGCUGCAAGAUAUAGUGUAUUUUAUAGCGGGCAUGGAAAAUGAGCAGAAUAAAACAAAGGCUUUGGAAUUGACCAUUAAGAAUCCCAAUCGAGAUCGUCAGAAAUUGCUAAGAGAACAAUAUAUUUUAAAGCAAUUGUUUAAGAUCUUGCAGGGUCCCUUUCAAGAGCAUCCGGGCUGUGAUGGACCAUUUUUAAGAUUAGAUGAACUAAGUGAUCCUAAGAAUAGUCCCUACAAGAAUAUAUUUCGUUUAUGCUAUCGAAUUUUAAGACUGUCCCAGCAAGACUAUAGAAAAAAUCAGGAAUAUAUAGCCAAACAUUUUGGCUUAAUGCAAAAACAAAUCGGCUAUGAUAUACUGGCCGAAGACACCAUCACCGCUUUGCUACACAAUAAUCGCAAACUGUUGGAGAAACAUAUUACGGCCGCCGAAAUUGAAACGUUUGUGGGUUUAGUGCGUAAAAAUAUGCACAAUUGGGAUUCCAGAUUUUUAGAUUAUCUCUCCGAUUUAUGUGUUUCCAAUCGCAAAGCCAUCGCUGUUACCCAGGAAUUAAUUUGCAAAAGUGUUUUGAGUACUAAGAAUUCCGAUAUUCUCAUAGAGACUCAGGUCAAGGCUAUUAAACAAAAGAAAACGAAUAAUGUUAAGAAAAAAGAACAUGCUCCACUAACUACCUUGGCGGAAGAUGAGGAUGAUGAGAAAGCGGAAUUGUUAUCAACUCUUACCACAUCCACCUGGGAUCUGGACAGCCUAGAUGAGGAAGAGGAAAUCAAAUAUGAAAUACAUUUGAAAUGGAAGGGUUUAAAGGAAUCUCGUUCUAUGGCUGAUUUAGCUAAUUGUGUUGCCCAAGGCAAAGAACUGGAGGCGGCGAUUUUAAACUAUUACAGACAUCAAUUAAAUCUAUUCUCCAAUAUGUGUUUAAAUCGCCAAUAUUUGGCUUUAAACAAUCUUUCGCCUCAUUUGGACAUAGAUUUGAUAUUGAAAUGCAUGUCCGACGAGUCCAUGCCUUAUGAAUUAAGAGCCUCUUUUUGCCGUCUUAUGUUGCAUUUGCAUGUGGAUCGUGAUCCUCAAGAGCCUGUGACACCAGUGAAAUAUGCUAGACUAUGGAGUGAAAUACCCUCGAAAAUGUCAAUUUUAGAUUACGAUGGUAAAAACCAACCUGCAGAUUAUAACAAGGAAGCUGUACGUGCCAAAUUCAAUACCACCAUAGCAUUUGUUGAAAAUUAUUUGUGCAAUGUAGCCACCAAAGUGUGGUUAUUUACGGAUCAGGAACAAAAUAAAUUAACAUUUGAGGUGGUAAAAUUGGCUCGUGAUUUGAUAUAUUUUGGUUUCUAUAGCUUUAGUGAUUUGCUAAGAUUAACCAAAACAUUAUUGUGUAUAUUGGAUUGUGUUUCGGAUAAUAAUAUUGAAAGUUCAACUGCUUCUAAUACCGGUAGAUUUGUAGCAGCAGACACAGAUUCCGAGGGUGGUGUUUUACGCUCCAUAGGUGAUAUGAACACCGUCAUGACUAGUUUGGCUUUAGGUUCUGUGGGCCAAGUUAUGGCCACACCGGCCAUUUCACUGCAGCAACGUAAAUCCGUCUCCCAACUGAUGAAAGAAUUCCCCCUAGUGAUGGACACUAAAUUGAAAAUUAUUGAAAUUCUACAAUUCAUACUCGAUGUACGUUUGGAUUAUAGAAUUAGUUGCCUCUUGUCGAUAUUCAAGCGUGAAUUUGACGAAAGUGAUGCCCAACAACAGGCUCAGGCCGAGGCUGCCGCAGCAAGUCAAGCAAAUCCGUCGGAUCCACAAGCCGCCGCACAGGCUUUUCAGCAGCGUCAAAAGAAUAUCGAUUUAGAGUCAAUUGGUAUACAGGCAGAGGGUAUUUUCGAUUGUGAUAGUGGUGAUGCGGCUAAUCUGGAUUUGGAUGGUCAGGGCGGUCGUACGUUCUUGAGAGUUUUAUUGCAUUUGAUAAUGCAUGAUUAUCCACCGUUGGUAUCGGGAGCUCUGCAUUUGCUCUUUCGUCAUUUCAGUCAAAGGCAAGAGGUCUUGCAUGCCUUUAGACAGGUACAACUUUUGGUUUCCGACAGUGAUGUGGAGUCGUACAAACAAAUCAAACAUGAUUUGGAUAUUUUAAGGCAAAGUGUGGAGAAAUCGGAAUUGUGGGUUUACAAAUCGAAAACUUCAGAGGAGUUAAAUACCACUGGCGGCGGAGGCGGCGGUGAUUCUACCAUUGAUAAUGUUACGUUAAGCAACGAAUAUAAGGCUUCAUUGUCCCACGAACAAUUAAAUGAAUAUAAGAAAGUUAAGGAGAUAUUAAUACGUAUGAAUCAAUUUUGUGUAACACCAGGUCCUUAUGUUAAGCCGCGCAAACAUGAACAGCGUCUUUUGCGUAAUGUUGGUGUACACACCGUGGUCUUGGAUCUUUUGCAAAAUCCCUACGAUGAGAAAGACGAUGUUCUAAUGAAGGAGCUGAUGUUUUUGGCCCAUGAAUUUUUGCAGAAUUUCUGUUUGGGCAAUCAGCAAAAUCAAGUGUUGCUGCACAAUCAUUUGGAUUUGUUUUUAAAUCCGGGGAUUCUUGAAGCCAAAACCGUAUGCUCCAUUUUCAAAGACAACUUGGCCCUGUGCAAUGAAGUCACCGACAAGGUGGUGCAACAUUUUGUCCACUGCAUCGAGAUACAUGGACGUCAUGUUGUCUAUUUGCAAUUUCUGCAGACUAUAGUCAAAGCAGAAAAUCAAUUUAUACGCAAAUGUCAGGACAUGGUUAUGCAGGAACUAAUCAAUGCCGGCGAGGAAGUACUGGUGUUCUAUAAUGAUAAAGGCUCCUUCAAUCAAUUUGUAUCGAUGAUGCAAAAAGAAAAAGCAGCGCUAAGUGAUGACAGUCCUUUGAAAUAUCAUGUGGAAUUGGUGAAAUUGUUGGCCUGCUGUACCAUGGGCAAGAACCUGUACACCGAAAUCAAAUGCAAUAAUCUUUUGUCAUUGGAUGAUAUAGUGGCCAUAAUCUGUAAUCCAGCUUGCAUACCAGAUGUUAAAGAGGCCUAUGUUGAUUUCCUAAAUCAUUGCUACAUAGACACCGAGGUAGAGAUGAAAGAGAUUUACUCCUCGGCCCAUAUGUGGAAUUUGUUUGAGAAAAGCUUUUUGGUAGACAUAAAUCUGUUGAUAGCCGGUGGCCUUAAUGCCGACAAGUCUCUAAUGAAUUAUGUUCUCAAUGGUGUUUGCACCAUCUUGGCCACCUUCUUUAGCAGCCCCUUCUCAGAUCAAUCGACCAUAGUCCAGUCUAGACAAAUGAUAUUUGUACAAUUACUGCAAGCCUCUUAUCGUUUAUCACAAUGCAAAUGGUUGAGUCUAGCUGAUCGCUUUAAUGUCGAAAAUUGUAUACGUACUUUGGCUGAGUCGGCCAAGACCAGGAGUAUUGCCAUACCCCUGGACUUAGAGCAGCAGGUGGUAACAAUGUCCAGCAAGACAGCGUUAUUAACACGUCAGACUACCAAAUGGCUAUUAGCCUCGAAACAGCCAAAAUAUGAGACACAGCAUUCGGGUAAUUUAAUGCGAUUAGAUAGAUCCAUUAUUGAAGGCUUGCAGGAUAUUGUCUCACUAUUGGAGGAACAAUUGAAGCCAGUAGUGGAAGCCGAAUUGUCUUUACUGGUUGACAUACUAUAUCGCUCGGAAUUGUUAUUCCCAGUGGGUACAGAUGCACGUCGUCGAUGUGAGUCGGGCGGUUUCAUACGCAAGCUUAUCAAGCAUACCGAGAAAUUGUUGGAGGAAAAAGAAGAGAAAUUGUGUGUUAAGGUGUUGAAAACUCUUAGAGAAAUGAUGGCCAUGGAUGUAAAUUAUGGUGAAAAGGGUGACAAUUUAAGGAAUACCUUAUUGAAGCGCUACUUUGAUAUAAAACCAGUAAAUACCACACGUACGCCAGUGGAGCAGAAGAGUGAUUUGGCUGCCUUGGUUAUGCCUUCACAGGAAAGUCAGAAGCAAUUAAAUAUGGUCACCCAUGGUCCGGGGGCAAAGUACUUACAAAGAGCUGAAAAAACCCUACACGAAGUACAAAAUCAUUUGGAUCGUGAAGGAGCUUCCGAUUUGGUUAUCGAAUUGGUUAUAAAGUCCGUGCAUUCGCCCUCCAUAUUUGUGGAGGCCAUAGAGUUGGGCAUAGCUUUGCUGGAGGGUGGUAAUCCCAUGAUACAAAAGGGCAUGUUUAAUAAAUUCCUUAGUGGCGACUUAAAUCAACCCUUUUUCAAGGUGUUCUUUGAUAAAAUGAAGGACUCCCAGCAGGAAAUCAAAUCCACAGUAACUGUCAACACCUCGGAUAUAGCAGCCAAGGCGCAUGAAAGCAAACAAGAUGUUAAUUUGGAAUUGGAUAAAAUCUCGCGUAAACAUGGUCUCAAAACGAAUGGAGUUGUUAUCACCGAGGAGUUAAGAAAAGAACUGCAUAAUGCUGGACUGGCAACAGCUCGAGCUUUUAGCAAUGCUCGUAAUCUACAUGCUGGCGACGAUUCCAAUUCCCUGAACAUCAACAGUCCUUUGGAAGAUAUAUUGGCCGAGAAACUGGAUAAACACAAGGACAACAAAGACGAACGCAAUAAGUUGUCCAAUAAAGUUUUGGUUAUGCAGCCAAUUCUGAGAUUCAUGCAACUGCUGUGCGAAAAUCAUAAUCCUGAUUUGCAAAAUCUGCUGCGUAACCAAAACAAUAAAACCAACUACAAUCUAGUGUCGGAAACCUUAAUGUUCCUAGAUUGCAUUUGUGGCUCUACCACUGGUGGCCUGGGUCUUUUAGGUCUUUACAUCAAUGAAAACAAUGUGGCGCUCAUCAAUCAAACUCUUGAAACUUUAACGGAAUAUUGCCAGGGACCCUGUCAUGAGAAUCAGAAUUGUAUAGCCACCCAUGAAUCGAAUGGUCUGGAUAUUAUAACCGCUCUCAUACUCAAUAACAUAAAUCCUUUGGGUGAAAAUCGCAUGGAUUUGGUAUUGGAAUUGAAGAAUAAUGCCUCGAAACUUUUGCUAGCCAUUAUGGAAUCUCGCGGUGACAGUGAAAAUGCCGAACGUAUUUUAUACAAUAUGAAUCCCAAACAAUUGGUAGAGGUGGCCUGCAAGGCCUAUCAUCAGGAGGAAAUGAUCGAUGAUCAUGAUAGUGACGAUGAUGGGGUAGAUGCUGAUCAUGAUGAUGAAGAUGUAUCAGUUAGUCCGCGUGAGGUGGGUCAUAAUAUCUAUAUAUUGUGUCAUCAGUUGGCUCAGCAUAAUAAGGAGUUGGCGGCAUUGUUAAAGGCCUCCGAGGAUCCACAGUCGGGAAAUUUCGAUGCGAAAAUGAGUCAGGCUUUAAUGUAUUAUGCCACGCAUACAGCACAAAUUGAGAUUGUUCGUAACGAUCGUACAUUGGAACAAAUUGUCUUUCCCAUUCCGGAAAUAUGCGAAUAUCUUACUACCGAUACAAAAAUGAAAAUAUUCCAUACAGCCGAGCGUGAUGAUCAAGGCUCCAAGGUAGUUGAUUUCUUUGAUAAGGCUGAAGAAAUGUUCAACGAAAUGAAAUGGCAGAAAAAGCUAAGAGGUCAACCUUUUCUAUUCUGGGUUAGCAGUUACAUGUCCUUGUGGAGUAAUAUAUUAUUUAAUUGUGUGGUCGUUAUUAAUUUAAUUGUAGCAUUUUUCUAUCCCUUUGAUAACACUGUGCCUGAACUCAGUCCUCAUAUUUCAUUAUUAUUUUGGGCCAUCUUGAUAUUUUCUUUAGUUAUAGUUGUAACAUUACCUCGUGAAUCUGGCAUACGUACAUUAAUAGGUUCAAUUAUAUUACGUUCAAUAUUUUUACUGGGACCGGAGUCAACACUCUGUUUGCUGGGUGUGGUAACGGUCACUCUUAAAAGUGUGCACAUCAUAAGUAUAAUGGGCAAUAAGGGUACAUUAGAGAAGCAUUUCUUUAAAAUUAUCACCGAUUUCCAGCUAUUGUAUCACUGCAUUUAUAUAGUUUUCUGUUUCUGUGGCCUACUAUUUCAUCCAUUUUUCUACUCACUGCUGCUUUUUGAUGUUGUGUACCGCGAGGAGACCCUGGUUAAUGUUAUACGAUCCGUAACACGCAAUGGUCGUUCAAUUGUUUUGACUGCGGUAUUGGCUUUGAUUUUGGUCUAUUUGUUUUCCAUUAUUGGUUACAUGUUCUUUAGGGAUGAUUUCUUAGUGCCCGUUGAUGUUGAGGAAGUGGAAAAUGGUAAAUAUCCCGUUUUUGUAAUCUUGUUGUCAAAUGUGUUUUAAUGUUGGUUUUUAAUUUAAGGUGUCGAAGCCACUUUAUCUGUCACACCCGAAAGUAGUUGUCCGACUCCGGAUGAUUUGCAAUCUUCUACCAAAUUAGUUGAGUCUGGCGGUGGCGAUGUUAAGGAACGUGCUUGUGACUCUUUGGUCAUGUGUAUUGUAACUACGCUGAAUCAGGGGUUGAGGAAUGGCGGUGGUAUUGGUGAUAUUUUGAGAGCUCCUUCAAGCAAGGAGGGUCUUUUCGCUGCACGUGUCAUUUACGAUUUACUGUUCUUCUUCAUUGUCAUCAUUAUUGUACUCAAUCUGAUUUUUGGUGUCAUCAUCGACACCUUUGCCGAUCUGAGAAGCGAGAAGCAACAAAAAGAGUUGAUACUCAAGAAUACCUGUUUCAUUUGUGGCCUCAAUCGUUCGGCAUUCGAUAAUAAAACGGUCAGCUUCGAGGAGCACAUUAAAUCCGAACACAAUAUGUGGCACUAUCUCUACUUUAUAGUUUUGGUUAAAGUAAAGGAUCCCACAGAAUUCACAGGUCCCGAAUCGUAUGUGUAUGCCAUGGUUAAGGCGGGUAUUUUGGAUUGGUUCCCACGCCUACGAGCCAUGUCUUUGGCUGCGGUUGAUGCCGAUGGUGAACAGAUCGAGUUGCGCAGCAUGCAGGCCCAAUUGCUGGAGACACAAAUGUUAAUAACGAAUUUAUCGCAACAAUUGCAUGAACUAAAGGAUCAUAUGACUGAGCAACGUAAACAGAAACAACGUUUGGGUUUGUUGAAUACCACAGCAAGUAGUUUUUUGGCCGGCUAUCAGUUUCAAUAAGUGUAUAAAUUCACUUUAAAACCUGCUUAAAAUUAAUUCUAAAAGAGCACGCGAAAUUCUAUUGACAUUUAGUUUUAAAUCGUGAUUUUUCUUAAUUUUCAUUAACUUUUUUCUCUCUUGAGCUCUCCUUAACUUUUUAUUUAAAUCAUUUUUUUUAUUAUAUUAACAAAUUGUGAUCUAUAUUUAAAACAAGCUAAAAUAUCUAUAAAAAAAAUAAUCAACUAAACAAACCUCAUAUUAAUGACUUUUUUUGUAACAUUUGUUUUUUUUUAAACAAACUUUAUUUAUGCGUUUAGUUUUUUUUGUAAUAAUUAUUACCUUUUUCGCAACAUUGUACUUUAACUUAAAGUUUAGAUUGUUUGUUUUAUUUUUUAAUAAUUUUUUUUUUUAUUAAAUGCACUUUGUGUUUUUGUUACUGUUAUAAAAUCUUUUACAAUUAAAAUGCAACUGUUAUACAUUUUUACUAUACUAAUAAGCAUUUAACUUUGCUAUGUUGUUUUAUUAAGUAAAAUUUAAUUAAAAGAGAAGAAACAAAGGCAAACAAAAUUUAUAAUUAAGAUGACAAAAAGCAUUACAAUAAAUUAACAACAUAUUUAAUCGAAAAUAUUUAAUUAAAUGUUUGUUUGCAAAAGAAUAAUGAAAUAAGAAUAAGAAAUAUGUUUAGAAAAGGAAUUAAAAAUUAAUUAAAGAAUGUAGUAGUCAUAAAUUAAUAUGCAAUACACGAUAUAUUAAGAAUAAAAGCACUAUAUACAAUAAAAAUAAAGAAAAAAUCCAAAA